AUGCAGGUUGAUUUUCCCUGGCGAAUCAAGCGAUGUGCUGGACACGCCAUCAAAUGCCACGAUGGUCAAUUACACCGCGAUUCCAAAGCGUGGGCGACGGUAUAUUUCGACUCGCAAUGGUGUCGGUACGUCGUGGCGUGCGGACGCAACAAGACUCAUACUCAGGAUUUUGUGAAGGCGCAGGCGCCCGACGCGCUCGUUUUGGAGGGUCUCGUCGCGCCGUGGAACAAAGAAUUUUACCAAUCUCAUUUGAGCAACGUGCGCGAGUAUUAUGCGGCAUUACCAGACGACGAGAAAGUCCGACGCUAUCAUGCGAAGCAAGACAAAGUCAUCAACGUGGAUGGACGCACGUUAACGUAUGGCGAGUGGAGAAAAAAUGUUAACCAAGCCAACCAUGAGAAUGAUGUCGGAGGACGACGUACCAAAGAUCUUCAAAGGAGAAAGAGACAACGCGAUGCCAUCAGAAAUAUGCACGACCAAUGUUUGUUCGCUGAGAUAGCGAGCGAAAACUCGACGUGGAUGCAGCAAUUCACCGAAUUGAAGCGUAUGCAUAAUCUUUCACUUUAUUCGCAGUCGCAAUGGCGCGAGCUUCGUGACAAAAUCAUGACGUCAACAUAUCAGUGUUUACAAUGGACUAACAAGGCUUUGAUCCCGACUGGUAAGUUCGUCUCGAUUUACGAUCUCACGAACCCGCACAACUUUGAUGAGGUCUAUGCCGGCUUUUCACGUUGGGAUACACACACCCCAGGGUACCGUCUUGAAGUUUCGAACGCCGUGCGUUACUCGUAUGGCCGAGAAGCGAACAACAUGUACGUGCUCGAUGUUGCGAAUGAUUUGCCUCUUUACGAAGCUGGCGGUGACGAAAGUUCCGUGGAGGCAUUUCUGCAGGCGACGCUGAGACAAAUCGGUGCCAACUGCGUUCAUGGCGAGGUGUACCGCACCGCUAACGGCGGUCGCUACACCGAGGAAGAAAAGACGUUGCGGAAAACGCUCGUGGAAGACGGUUUCAGUGACGCUAGCGCCAAACGUUUCAUCGCACUCAAACGUGCGGCCGAAACGCGAGGAAACAUUUUUGUCUCUUGUUUUCCCAAGGGUAAGGGCGGUUGGCAAGGGAAGACUUUGCGCAAAGUCGGCCAUCCUGGAGAGCGGACGAUCCCUGUGAAAACCGGAAUCGACCUCGUUCGCCGAAACGAUCAUUAUGACAACGUGGCGUCAACCUCCACUCGACCGCAACCGCGCAACGUGAAUUGA